AAACCCCUCCUUCCGCCCUCCCCUGAUGCAUAAAAACCACAGUAUAAUCUCCAUUGUUUUUACAAAUGGGUGAAAUUUUUCUAUCUGUUUUGGUGUUCCUUCUCACUCUGUUUUUAUUAUCGUACAUUUCUUUAAAGAGAAACAAGAGAAGAGGAGGAAGAGGAGAAGAAGAAGCCCAGCUUCCCCCUGGUUCCUUGGGCUGGCCUUAUAUUGGAGAAACCCUUCAACUCUAUUCUCAAGACCCAGAUUUUUUCUUCGCCGCCAAGCAGAAAAGGUAUGGGGAGAUAUUCAAGACGCAUAUUCUUGGCUGUCCGUGUGUGAUGCUGGGCAGCCCGGAGGCGGCGCGGUUUGUGCUGGUGACGCAGGCUCACUUGUUUAGGCCAACUUACCCCAAAAGUAAAGAGCGUUUGAUCGGCCCAUCUGCUCUGUUUUUUCACCAAGGUCACUACCAUUUGCGCCUCAGGAAGCUGGUCCAGAACGCCCUGUCUUUGGACGCCAUCCGUAACUUGGUGCCCGACAUCGACUCCGCCGCCGACUCCGCUCUCGACUUGUGGCCCACCCGCCCCGUCAUUCACACCUUUCACGAAAUGAAAAAGAUAUCAUUUGAAGUGGGGAUAUUGGCCAUUUUUGGGCAUCUAGAAGCUGGUUACAGAGAUGAUCUUAAGAAAAACUACAGCAAAUUGGAUGCAGGCUACAACUCUUUUCCGACAAACAUUCCCGGAACCCCAUACAAAAAAGCACUCUCAGCAAGAAAGCGACUAAGUAAAAUCAUAAGUGAGGUGAUUAGAGAGAGGAGGGAGAAGAAGGUGGGCGAGAAGGAGGAUCUGUUAGGGUGCCUUCUGAACUCCAUAGAUGAAGAAGGAGAAGUUUUAAGCGAGGCCCAAAUUGCAGAUAAUAUAAUUGGAGUUCUUUUUGCUGCUCAGGACACCACAGCCAGCGUCAUGAGUUGGAUUGUCAAAUACCUCCACGAUCACCCCAAGCUUCUUCAUGCUGUCAAGGUUGAGCACAAAGGAAUUCGACAAUCAAAUUGUGAAAAUAAUAGAAGCUUAAGUUGGGUUCAAACUAGAAACAUGCCAAUCACUUACAAGAUGGUAUUGGAGAGUUUGAGAAUGGCGAGUAUUAUAUCAUUCACUUUCAGAGAGGCUGUUGCUGAUGUGGAAUAUAAAGGAUACUUGAUUCCAAAAGGUUGGAAAGUGAUGCCUUUGUUCCGAAACAUCCAUCACAGUCCAGAAUAUUUCACCGAUCCUCACAAAUUUGACCCUUCCAGAUUCGAGGUUGCGCCAAAACCCAAUACAUUUAUGCCAUUUGGCAGUGGAGUUCACGCCUGCCCUGGAAAUGAACUUGCCAAGCUGGAAAUCUUGAUUGUGAUUCAUCAUCUAGUCACUAAGUUCAGGUGGGAAUUGGUUGGUUCGCAAAACCGGGUCCAGCAUAGUCCAUUUCCCGUUCCCUUUCAGGGCCUUCCAGCCAGAUUUUGGAAGAUGACCCAUCAGCAGCCGAUACACACCAAAAUGGGCCCGGACUAAGUGGACCGAUUUUCCAAUCAAUCCCAAAGUUCAAGCCCAAGACCAAGCCCAAGCCCAACUCUUUUUUCUCUUUUUGUUUAAUUUUCAGUUAAUUUAUUUUAUUAGCUCGGUUUUUCCCCUUAGCUUGGUUAGGACCGUCCCAACCCAAAGUCACGAGGACAGCAAGAUGUCCUUGUACACUGUCAUUUCAAGAAUCAAGUACAUGCCCAUAGAAGGAUAUGAAAAUAAUUUAAUUGGUCAAUAUAUUACUUACUUUUUUAGAAGUCGAACGUUCGAAACUCUCAAUGUUUUAUUGUACUAAAAAAAUAUAUGUAUAUAUAAUCAACAUCUACUAAUAUUUACGUGGUGAUGUUAAA